AUGACCCAAUACGACUCGCGCACUUCGGUGGCUGACCUUGUCGGCAACACGCCCAUGGUGCAUCUGACUAAGCUGCCUAAAGCGCUGGGAGUUAAGCCCCAGGUUUACGCCAAGCUUGAGUUGUACAACCCUGGCGGGUCCAUCAAGGACCGUAUUGCCAAGAGCAUGAUCGAGGACGCCGAAAAGAGCGGCCGCAUCCAUCCCUCGCGCACCACGCUGAUCGAGCCCACGUCGGGAAACACAGGUAUCGGUUUGGCACUGAUGGGUGCCGUCAAGGGCUACCGCACCAUUAUCACGCUUCCAGAGAAGAUGUCGAACGAGAAGGUUUCUGUGUUGAAGGCGCUCGGUGCCGAAAUUAUUAGAACACCCACUGCGGCUGCGUGGGACUCGCCUGAGUCGCACAUCGGUGUCGCGAAAAAGCUCGAGAAGGAGAUCCCUCAUGCCGUGAUUCUAGACCAAUACAACAACAUGAAAAACCCUGAGGCCCACUAUCAAGGCACUGGUAAAGAAAUCCAGGGUCAGCUACAACAGCUGGGCGAAUACGAGAACCUGCACGGUGUCUUCGCGGGCGCUGGUACCGGUGGUACCAUCAGUGGUAUCUCUAAAUACCUAAAGGAACAGAACCCUGAGAUUAAAAUCAUCGGGGCUGACCCAGAGGGCUCCAUUCUAGCUCAGCCUGAGAGCCUGAACGAAACCGAGGCUGCGGAAUACAAGGUCGAGGGUAUCGGUUACGACUUCAUUCCAAAGGUCCUGGACAGAGGAUUAGUGGACACUUGGUACAAGACCAAUGACAUCGACUCUUUCAGAUACGCGCGUCAGUUGAUUGCCAAUGAGGGUUUGUUGGUUGGUGGUUCCAGUGGUAGUGCCUUCUCAGCGAUGAUGAAGUACUGCAAGGACCACCCAGAGCUGACCGAGAAAGACGUUCUCGUCAUUAUUUUGCCAGACUCGAUCAGAUCGUACCUGACCAAGUUUGCUGACGACGAGUGGUUGAAAAAGAACAACCUGUGGGACGACGACAUUCUGAAACCCUUGGGAAGAAGUCAGAAAGACAUCUUCAAGGGCGCUACCGUCAAGGACUUGAACCUCAAACCUGUCGUCUCUGUGAAGGAAAACGCGUCUACUUCUGAUGUGGUCAAGAUUCUGACUGACAACGGUUUCGACCAGUUGCCUGUGCUUACCGAAGACGGGAAGUUGUGCGGUUUAGUCACCUUGUCACAGCUUCUGAAGGGGCUGUCCUCAGGCGAAGAGGUCAGCAGCAUCAAGGGUCACUUCUUCGACUUCAGAAAGCUGAACAACUUCGACGAGGUUUCUUCUUACAACGAGAACAAGUCUGGCAAAAAGAAGUUCGUCAACUUCGAUGUUAACAGCAAGUUGUCCGAUCUCAACCAGUUCUUCGAGAAGAACUCUUCAGCAGUAAUUACAGAUGGCUUGAAGCCCAUCCACAUUGUCACUAAGAUGGACUUGUUGGCCUUUCUAGCAUAG